GCCAACAACAGAGGCGAAAAUACACGCGUCCGCUAUUGAAAACCUAACCUGUGCGUCUUAGUAAACAGUGAGCCGGUGUCAUUCCUUUCAGUUAUGUGUUUUUGACGUGAAAAAUCGUGAAUAAGUUAUUUCAAUUAUGGCAAAUCGAACUGUCAAAGAUGCCAAGUCCAUUCGUGGCACGAAUCCACAGUACCUCGUGGAAAAAAUUAUUAGGUCCCGUAUCUAUGAUUGCAAAUACUGGAAGGAGGAGUGCUUUGCACUCACGGCGGAACUUCUGGUUGACAAAGCUAUGGAGUUGAGGUACAUAGGUGGGGUUUUUGGUGGUAAUGUAAAACCAACACCAUUUCUGUGUCUUGUGCUAAAAAUGCUUCAAAUCCAGCCCGAAAAAGACAUUAUAGUAGAGUUCAUUAAAAAUGAAGAGUUUAAAUACGUCAGAGCCCUUGGAGCAUACUACAUGCGUCUGACUGGCACAGCCAUCGACGUUUAUAGGUACUUAGAGCCUCUUUUAGCUGACUAUAGAAAAUUAAGAAUGCAGAAUCGACAAGGAGAAUACAAACUUCUGACAAUGGAUGAGUUCAUCGAUAACUUAUUGAGAGAGGAGAGAUUGUGUGACGUCAUUUUGCCAAGAAUUCAAAAAAGACACGUUUUGGAAGAGAAUAAUGAACUCGAGCCAAAAAUAUCUGUACUGGAUGACGAUGUUGAUGAAAAUCUUGACAGUUCUGAAGAAGAGGAAGCAGCAAUCAACAAUAAUAAAAGGAGAUUAGAUAUUCUUUCAUCGGACAGAGAUCGGGACAGAGAACGUGGCAGAGACAGAAGGGUAUCUGAUCGUAAAGAUAGAAGAUCUAAGUCAAGAAGUAGAUCGAGAUCACGUGACCGAAGGGACAGAAAGAGAGAAAAAGAUAGACGUGAUCGACGAGACCGCGAGCGAGACCGUGACAGAGAAAGGGAUAGAGAUAGAGAAAACAGAGACAGAGACAGGGACAGGGACAGAGAUAGAAACAGGGACAGAGAACGAGAAAAAGACAGGGAAAGGAGAAGAGAGAAGGACAGACGUGAUCGUCGAGAUCGCGAUAGAGAUAGGGAUUAAAUGUAAUUAAUAUACAUUUAAUAGAGUAAUUUUAUAAUGUAAAUGUUUGUAAACUUAGAGAUA